GGCUGAGGGGAGGCCCAGAGCCUUUCUGGGGCCUGGGGGAUCCUCUUGCACUGGUGGGUGGAGAGAAGCGCCUGCAGCCAACCAGGGUCAGGCUGUGCUCACAGUUUCCUCUGGCGGCAUGUAAAGGCUCCACAAAGGAGUUGGGAGUUCAAAUGAGGCUGCUGUAGACGGCCUGAGGAUGGACCCCAAACCCUGAGUGGUGCUGUGUGAGCCCCGGGACCUGCAGAGCAUGGCACUGAGGCAGCUGCUGGCCCUCACUGUGAGGGAAAGCAGGUUGUGAGCAGCCCCAGCAGGACCCCUAGCCAACCCGGCCCUAUCCCCUGCUGGAGCCCGGCUGUGGAGACAGAGCCAACAGAGCCCAGUGAGGCAGGGCUGCUCGGCGGCUGGUUUGGCCUGCGACUUGGGAACCCUUCCUGGAGGCCAUGGACAGGCUGCCCCGCUGACGGCCAAGGUGAAGCAUGUGAGGAGCUACCCCAGGAGCCAAGCAGGAGGGAAGAGAGCUUCAUAGAUUCUAUUCACAAAGAAUAAUCACCAUUUUGCAAGGACCAUGAGGCCACUGUGUGUGACGUGCUGGUGGCUAGGACUCCUGGCCACCAUGGGAGCUGCUGCAGGUCAGGAGGAUGGCUUUGAGGGCACUGAGGAGGGCUCACCAAAAGAGUUCAUUUACCUAAACAGGUACAAGCGGGCGGGUGAGUCCCAGGACAAGUGCACCUACACCUUCAUCGUGCCCCAGCAGCGAGUCACAGGCGCCAUCUGUGUCAACUCCAAGGAGCCUGAGGUGCUCCUGGAGAACCGAGUGCACAAGCAAGAGCUGGAGCUGCUCAACAAUGAGCUGCUCAAGCAGAAGCGGCAGAUUGAGACGCUGCAGCAGCUAGUGGAGGUGGACGGUGGCAUCGUGAGUGAGGUGAAGCUACUGCGCAAGGAGAGCCGCAACAUGAACUCACGUGUCACACAGCUCUACAUGCAGCUCCUGCAUGAGAUCAUCCGUAAGCGUGACAACGCGCUGGAGCUCUCCCAGCUGGAGAACAGGAUCCUCAACCAGACAGCCGACAUGCUGCAGCUGGCCAGCAAGUACAAGGACCUGGAGCAUAAGUACCAGCACCUGGCCACACUGGCCCACAACCAAUCGGAGAUCAUUGCACAGCUUGAGGAACACUGCCAAAGGGUGCCCGCAGCCAGGCCCGUCCCUCAGCCACCCCCUGCCACCCCACCCCGGGUCUACCAGCCACCCACCUACAACCGCAUCAUCAACCAGAUCUCCACCAACGAGAUUCAGAGUGACCAGAACCUGAAGGUGCUGCCACCCCCUCUGCCCACAAUGCCUACCCUCACGAGCCUCCCAUCUUCCACAGACAAGCCGUCAGGCCCAUGGAGAGACUGCCUGCAGGCCCUGGAGGAUGGCCACGACACCAGCUCCAUCUACCUGGUGAAACCAGAGAACACCAACCGCCUUAUGCAGGUUUGGUGUGACCAGAGACAUGACCCUGGGGGUUGGACCGUCAUCCAGAGACGCCUGGAUGGCUCUGUCAACUUCUUCAGGAAUUGGGAGACAUACAAGCAAGGGUUUGGGAACAUUGAUGGCGAGUACUGGCUAGGACUGGAGAAUAUCUACUGGCUGACAAACCAAGGCAACUACAAACUGCUGGUGACCAUGGAGGACUGGUCUGGCCGCAAGGUUUUUGCAGAAUAUGCCAGUUUCCGCCUGGAGCCUGAGAGCGAAUAUUAUAAGCUGCGGUUGGGGCGCUACCAUGGCAAUGCAGGAGACUCCUUCACCUGGCACAAUGGCAAGCAGUUCACCACCCUGGACAGAGACCAUGAUGUCUACACAGGAAACUGUGCCCACUACCAGAAGGGAGGCUGGUGGUAUAAUGCCUGUGCCCACUCCAACCUCAAUGGGGUCUGGUACCGUGGGGGCCAUUACCGGAGCCGCUACCAGGACGGAGUCUACUGGGCUGAGUUCCGAGGAGGCUCCUACUCACUCAAGAAAGUGGUGAUGAUGAUCCGGCCCAACCCUAACACCUUCCACUAAGCCACCUCCCCCUCUUGACCUCUCGCGGCCAUCGCCAAGAGCCCACCCAGCCCAUGCUGGUUUCAGCACAAAGAGCAACUCCUCACCAGUUCAUCCUGGGGCUGGGAAGACUGGGAUGCUGGAUUCUGUUUUCCAAAGUCACUUCAGCAGAUAAUGGAACUAAAUUGAUAUAGUGUUCUCUGUCCCUCCUGCUUUUCUUCACACCAGACAGGCCCUCAUAUUUCCACGACAGUACAGGACUGCAGACAACUCUUUCUUUAAAUAAAUUAAGUCCCUACAAUAGAAACACAACUGCAAAAUACCCUCAUCAUAAGCAUUUGUGUGAGUCUCCCUUGUGUACUUACAUGUAUACCACAUAUAUAUGCAUUUAGAUAUAUAUCACAUGUGAUAUAUCUAGAUACAUAUGUAGGUUUGCCUUAUAUACUAAAUAUGCAUAUAUUCAGUUCUCAGAUGUUGAAGCUAUUACCAACAACUGUGCUCUUUGGAGAAAAGCAUUUCAUUAAUAUUGUGUUACUUGAGUCUAAGGGCAGAUCACAGUUUGUAGUUCCAAUCCAAAGAAUAAACCUUGGCAUCUGCAUGCCUGGAUUCUUCCAGGAAUGUCUACAAUGCUAAUCUCUCACAUAGGGGUUCCCAGCUUCCUCUCUUAAGAACCCCUUUAAACACCUAAUCAAAUUUCAAAAUCCCCCUUCCCCUCCAUUUUUAUAUUUUUCCCCAUUCUCAGGACUUUCCACCAUCCAUCUACCCACUUAUUCAUUCAACACCAUCCAUUAAUUGCUUCCUGUAUGUCAGUCCCUGGCCACUCAUUGUAAUUCAAGACCCCUCUUCUGCACUGCCUGACUCCUUGUCUGCCUAUAGCCCUGCCUUUCUGUCACACAGUCCUUUCUUUCCAGGCAAGAUUCCUCAGUUUCUGAGAAGGAAACAGCCUGGGUUCCAGGUUUCUAUUUGGGAAAGGGAAGGCCAGGCCAAAAGGUCCACCAGCCAUAUAGAUAAUGUAAUUGCCAUUUUGUAUCUUCCAUUCAUACUUUAGCCUACAUGUCAUUUUGGCCUUCAUGCAAGUAAUAGCCUGCCUUGCCAGGAGAUAUUCAAUUGAAGAUAUGUCAUCAGAUUGUCAGGGUCCCCAAAUAGCUACAGACAGAGGUCCCUUCCUCUCAGGCCAACUGGAGUCUGCAUCUCAUCCCAAAACCAUACUUCCCUGAAGAACAGGUACCACAAAAAUAAGAACUGGCCUCUUCUCACAAGUUACUAAAUAAUCAGGGGCCAUUGGACCCCUUGGUUGGUACAUUGCAGCAUGGUGGCUUUCUGAGUCCUCCUGUUGGCCAUGAAGUGUCAGCCUCAGCACUCCUAGCACUAUUGUCAAGCAAGGGGCAAGGGAUGAGUCAAGAAGAUGAGACCCUCCCAGCAAGCACAUGGGCCGGGGUGUGUGAGAUGUUGGACGUUUGGUACUGUCCAUGUCUGGGUGUGUGCCUAUUACCUCAGCAUUUCUCACAAAGUAUUCCAUGUAGCAUGUUUUAUGUAUAUAAAAGGGAGGGUUUUUUUUUUUUAAUAUAUUCCCAGGUUAUCUUGUAAUGACACAAAUCCGCAAUAAAAGCCAUCAGUGCUAUUUGGAUGUAUCUACA